AUGUCGGAUCAAACAGUUGCAGCAGCAGCCACAGCCAUACAGUGGGCGUAUGUUGUCACUCGUCUCGAUUACGAUCACUGGAAAGACGAUGCCAAAGAGGAGCAUCACCUGAUGGGCAUUUUCUUGGACCUUCAGUCUGCGAAUGAUGCCGCAAUCAAGCACGCACGACGUGUACGCUCGCGUGCGUUUCCCAUAGCCGGUCGAGAUCCUGGCUCUUCAGAGCAGUCGUAUAAUAGUCUGGGCGCCGUCCAUCUGGAAUGCCGAACCAUGGAAGACGACCGAGAUCACUUCACAGUGGAAGUUGAGCAAUAUGUUCUUGAUGUGCUUGAUGCUGGUUUCUCGGAGUCGGAAGAUGCCAGCGAUGAUUCCAAAGACGGCGAAGACGUCAGCGAGCUAGAGCAGCAAGAGGAUGGACCUCCCGCAAAGAAGCAGCGGACUUGA